AUGUUUUAUUUGUUCAUGUGUUGUGUAAUCGACUUUUUAUUUGUCGUCCAUCUCUCCGUUCUGGUUUUGGUUCAGGUGCUGUCGCUGGGCGCUGACGUUCUCCCCGAGUACAAGCUUCAGGCUCCUCGGAUACACAAGUGGACAGUUCUUCACUACAGUCCCUUCAAGGCGGUGUGGGAUUGGCUGAUCCUGCUGCUGGUCAUCUACACGGCCAUCCUGACGCCGUACUCCGCCGCUUUCCUGCUCAACAAUGAAGAAGAGGUGUCCAUGCAGAACUGCGGCUACUCCUGCAGUCCGCUCAAUGUGGUGGAUCUCAUCGUAGACAUCAUGUUCAUCAUCGACAUCGUCAUCAACUUCCGCACAACGUACGUCAAUGCCAACGAUGAGGUGGUCAGUCACCCGCUGCGUAUCGCUGUACAUUACUUCAAAGGCUGGUUCCUCAUCGACAUGGUGGCUGCCAUCCCCUUCGACCUGCUCAUAUACCGCAACAAUGAGGACGUCAAUGCCGAUACGACCACUCUCAUCGGGUUGCUGAAGACGGCUCGUCUCCUGCGUCUCGUCCGGGUGGCACGUAAACUGGACCGUUACUCUGAAUACGGCGCGGCCGUUCUCUUCCUGCUCAUGUGCACCUUCGCUCUGAUCGCUCAUUGGCUGGCUUGUAUCUGGUACGCCAUUGGAAACGUUGAACAGAGCGGUUCUAUCGGCUGGCUGCAUUCGCUGGGUUUACAGCUAGACAAGCCUUAUAACAACACCAUCCGGGGAUCAGGACCCUCCAUAAAAGACAAAUAUGUGACGGCUUUAUACUUCACCUUCAGCAGUCUGACCAGCGUGGGCUUCGGAAACGUGUCGCCAAACACCAACUCGGAAAAAAUCUUCUCCAUAUGUGUCAUGCUUAUAGGAUCGCUCAUGUACGCCAGUAUCUUUGGGAACGUGUCGGCCAUCAUCCAGCGGUUAUAUUCCGGAACGGCUCGAUAUCACACACAGAUGCUGCGAGUGAGAGAAUUCAUCCGCUUCCAUCAGAUUCCCAACCCGCUGCGCCAGAGGCUGGAGGAAUAUUUCCAACACGCCUGGUCCUACACCAACGGCAUUGACAUGAACGCUGUGCUGAAAGGUUUCCCGGAGUGUCUGCAGGCUGAUAUCUGUCUUCAUCUGAACCGAACGCUGCUGCAGAACUGUAAAGCAUUUAAAGGUUUCAGUAAAGGUUGUUUAAGAGCUCUAGCCAUGAAGUUUAAAACCACUCACGCCCCGCCGGGUGACACGCUGGUACACGCUGGUGACGUGAUCACUGCUCUCUACUUCAUCUCACGUGGCUCCAUCGAGAUCUUACGAAGAGAUGUUGUGGUGGCCAUAUUAGGGAAAAACGAUAUAUUCGGUGAGCCCCUCAACCUGUACGCUCGUCCGGGGAAAUCGAACGCUGAUGUUCGAGCUCUGACGUACUGUGACCUUCAUAAGAUCCACAGAGAGGAUGUGCUGGAGGUGUUGGACAUGUACCCGGAGUUCUCGGACUUCUUCUGGAGUAACCUUGAGAUCACCUUUAACCUCAGAGAUACAAACAUGAUUCCCGGAUCUCCCAGCAGUGAUGAUUCUGACUGCAUCGGCUUCAACAAACUCCGCAGGAGAAAACUUUCAUUCCGCCGCAGAACGGAGAAAGAUGAUGCUGAUGCAGGAGAGAUCAGGAAGAAUCCAAAACCCGUUUGCAGAAACCGGAAACAAGCUGCAAGUAACAAGAACGAACUCAAACCGGGAUGGAAAGAGCAUCACCACUCAAUCUCCUCCCACUCCAGCGGUGAGGAGGAGGAGCCUGUGCACACAUGCCCCACCCCUCCAACAGCGCUCAUGAAGUCAUCACAAGUACAGAGCACUUCAAUGAACUUUAAUGACGUGAGUGAGGGUGACGCUGAUCCCAAAACAGGGAACACGUGUGACGCUCUGUCAGGUGCAUUCUCAGGUGUGUCUAAUAUCUUCAGUUUUUGGGGUGACAACAGGGGCAGACAGUAUCAGGAACUGCCCCGCAGUAAUCUGUCCUCCCCCCCGCCGCAUCCCAGCACCCCCCUGCACAGCAUCAGCCGCCAGCAGCGCAGUCACAUGGAGAACAGACUGGAGCUCCUGCAGAAACAACUCAGCAGACUGGAGAGUCGCAUGACGUCUGAUAUCGCUGCAAUCAUGCAGCUGCUGCAGAGACAGAUGACGCUGGUUCCUCCUGCAUACAGCAGCGUAUCAUCUCUACCGCAGGCCCAGAGACUCCUACAGUCUGUCACACCACAUGAGUCUGACACGCUCGCUUCUCUCUCACAGUCGUGUGAGUCUCUGGGCAGCACCAUGGAGCUUCAUCCAUCACAGAGUCCUCUGCUCAGCCCGAGCGGAGCUCCUCGCACCGACUUCUCAAACCUGCUGGACGCUCAGCGCCGCUUCUCUCUACAGGAACCUCAGACGUCUGUGGACGCACCGACACCGCAGAAACACAGCUCCGAUCCUGGGAGCUAGAGCGAAAACAAGCAGACCUCUCGCUUUCCUCCGUCACAUCUCAUCGUCUCCGUUCUGCACUGAGGAGCUUCACAGAUACGCUGGAGGUUCGGCUCGAGAUGAACUGGAGAUGUCACAGCACACGUCUGCUGUCGUCCAGUAUUGGAUAUCCAUAAACGAAUGAUAAUGAUGAAUUACACCUUUCCAAGUAGCCAUUAUGUCUUGCACUGAAUUUUCCAGACUCUUCUUCUUCUUCUGCUGCGCUUCCAAAACAAAGAACCGACUGAACUUGUUAGUGUUAGCUGGCCUAACAGAAGAAAACAAUAAUGACCUGAUGUGUUCUGUCUGUCUCUCAUGUCAUUGCCUUCAGCUGCAGUGGAUCCGUGAAGAAGGCGGAGCCUAAGAACACUGGAUUGGCUGGAUUGCAGUGGGUGGGGCUGUUUAAAACAUUGCCAUUACUGAGAAAGCAUAUCAAAAUGACGUGUACAGACACCGAGCGAUGGAGAGAGAGAUGAACGAGCAUUGAGUCUGAAUCCACACGUCAUCUUCUCCUAGACUUGGGUUAAAGUUUCCACUUAUAUGUCAAAACAUAUUUGCUUUAGCAAUACUGAAUCCUUUAAAUCACAACCAAGAGAUGAACCAAAUAUAGCAGAUUGGAGGAUCAACUACAAAAAAAUAUAUUUUGCAUCGUAAACUCCAACCUCAAACACUUUAUUAAACAUCUUUUGGUUUAGUUUAGUUGUCGGGUGACGUGUGGACCAAUGAAAAAAAAAAGAAAUGUUAAAGCAAUUUUAAAGCAUGUGAUUAUAAACAUACGCUUCCUUUUAUUUGAUAAAAAAGACUAUUAUUAUAUUGAAAUGACAGUAAUAUUCUGAAGGGAAGGGAAGACAUGUUAGCAUGAGAAUUCCAUCAUAUGAGUUUCUUGUUUAUUGUUGGCAGGCAUCCGUACAUGAGAAAUUCUGAGGAAGAUUGUAUCAUUCUGCCUUUAAAGCUCAAGUUUACAGGCUCCUAAUUAUGUUUGUUUAUUUGGAUACCAAAAAUGAUCUGUAAUUAUAUUUUACAGGCCCGGUUUCACAGACAAGGCUUAUCUUAAACCAGUACUAUUUCUUAGUUGGAUUAGGAUAUUUGAGUCACUUUUAUAAAAAUGCUUUAGAAAGAAACACGACCGUGUGAUCUUUAGACAAAACAAUGCCACUGACAUAUUUUACGAUAUGUCAGGGCAAGUUCUUUUCAGUUGACAGCUGAAACAUUAAUUUAAAUCUGGGACUAGCGUCUGUGAAACCGGGCCACAGCGUUUUAACUGUAAGAGACAGAAGAGAAAACAAAUUCAAGUAUCAUUAAAUGUGUCGAUGUGUGGUUAUGUUGCCGAUCAAAGCGUCACUACAUUAUUCUACUUUGCUCAAUGCAGAAAUUUGCACAUAUUUAUUUAUUUCAUAUAUUGAUAUUAUUUUUAUUCUUAUUGGGAGUCUUUGUGAUUUCUCAGCAGUUUUUUGUGCGUUCAGUCAGUGGUCUGACGGCUCUGGUUUUCUAAAGGUUUUAAUCCUGCUGGUGUCGGUUUGUAAACUGGUAGAAGAGUGCAUCCAGUGCGGAGGCAGUAGUUCAUCCGGGUAUUUCUCACAUGCUGUUUUUUGCAUACUGAUGUUUCGGACACAUCAUUUACAGACUGAUUUUCACAUGCUAUAUAGUGUAGAAGUAUGUCAUUUUGGGCGCAGGGAUUCUGUUUGGUGGUGCAGAAAUGAAACACUUCACCUUUAAAUUCACAUAAGAUUGUGCAGCUGAUCCUACGAUUACACGCGUUUAUUCCAGUGGAUAUUCCAGAAAUAUCUUUUGUUUCUCCGUGCAUAGUCAAUAAUCUCAGACCCAUUGAAAUCUCUGUGGAUUUUUGCAGAAUUGGAUCAGCAGUUUUAAAUCACCCUAUAUAAUAAUAAUGUUUUAAUGUGAGGUGUACAACGCUUUGUUAACAUUAGAGCCGGCAGUGAGUUGGAGGGCUUCACUGAUAGUGCACUUUAAACUUGCACUUUAACCAAAUCAAAAUGACAAAAAUGUUUUAUUUUUAAAUGAUGUUGCUACAAGGCUUCUUUUUAGACCAUGGUUGUAGUGGUACACUUGGACAUUUUUAGUCCCAUUAUACUCACUGUAUUUUAAGGUUUGAUUUGCAUAAAACAAAUGUCAUGAAAACAAUUUUUAAACAAUGAUUUGUUUUGUAUGAAAGAAUUCUCUUAGGGUGAAAUAUGGCACAAGUUUUGACAGGUUUUGUGGGGUUCAAUUAUUAUUUCUCUGGGUUUAAAAACAUGACAGAUGAUGUAAACACAAACACGUUACAUCAGUUUAUUAUUAGUUCAUGUUGGGUUUUUUGUAAUCCAGGAUUGAAAUCUUAAUCUGUGUCAGUGUGACAUGGAUCUCAACACUGAUAGAACAGAUUUAUUAUUAAUGACCAGAUUGUCUCAUCUGCCGUACGAAUGGAACCACAAAAACUGAGUCGCUCCACAGACACACUUUUAUUUUCAUGUCUUCAUCUGAGAAACCGUCUCACUGAAAUGAUGUUGUGUGUAAUAGUUUUGUGUCUGUCUCUUGUUGUUGUCUGUGCACUUUACACACUGGAGCAAACCUCUUGAUCUCAUGUCUUUUUACAGGGAUUUCAAGCCAAGGGCACAUUCGCCGUCACCUACAACACAGAUGAUGUAAAACAGGCCAAAUAAACACACACACGGAUCCAUAUGAACUCAAAAUGAUAGUAUGUCAAGAAAACAGUAACAUUUUAAAUGAAGGACGUCCUGUACAUGUACAUAUUAAUUUAUUUUGGUAACUCGUUUACACUGGAUUGCUAUUUUUCUCCUUCCCAGUUUUACUGUAGAUAAGAAAAUCUUUUACAGAUCUGAAGUCUUGGCAUCCCUAUAGCCUACACUAUGCAGAAACGCAUUUCUAUGGCAUGCUUGGAAAUGCAGAAAAAAACUGUAGAAGAAAUAUAAAUGUUUGACUUUUCUUUUUUUAAUAAACAUGUGAAUAACCCUGCUAAUAAUGAUGUAAUGAUACGAAUUAUUCUAUAAUAUAUAAAGACAAUAACAAAGACAAAUGUAACUUGUGCACAUUUUAUCUGCAUGCUGCACGAGGUUUUCCAGCGGUUUGUGUGGUUGCAGACGGACGGCCGCUGUGAUUUAGAGAAUGUGUAGACUGACACACUGUAUUUCUGGGUCACCUGAGAUUGAUUUAAUGCUCUAACGGGUCGUGGAGGAAUUGGACAUUGUGACAUUAAACUCUGCUGUUACAUUACUGACAAUGUUUGACUGAUCUGAUGAUGUCAGAGUGAAUUCUUACCGACUUCAGAAAAGCUCUAUUCCAAGUGUUGAUUGUGUGCUAGCAUUAUAAACGACUGACUUUAUAACAUUUCAAAUAUUUAUUUCAAUAAAACUCUUUGAAAACAACUCAA